AUGCCGCCAGAUAGCCCCACGAGUGCCUCCAGCGCUCCACACGGUGGCCGCCUCAAUGUCUCAUCCAAGAAUACACAGCGGCCUUCCGACGAGUCAAACAAUCCUUUCAUUAGCUCUGUCCGUGACCCUAAACCUUCCGGAGCGUACAAAGUAUACGGGCUGCCUACCACUGCAAGCAGGUGGGCUGAGCUGACUAAAUCCGAGAACACGGCCGGCUUGACCAUCAAUACACUUUUGCAGGCAGACUCGGCGUCAGAAAUUCGUCUUCCGCAAUUCUUGGUUCUCAGAACCAUAUGGCCAGACCAUACGUCGGUACUAAUGGAUUAUCUUGUAAAACUCGGAUUCCAGCAGACAGACUAUGAAAGGAGAAAGGCAACGAUGAGGGAGAACAAAGCAUGGAAAGCAUAUAUUGAUUUCCUCGAAGAAAACUUUAAGCAUCGGCAGUCCAAACCAUACAGGUCAAGCAGCAGCUUUCCUGGUGACCUCGGAAUAUUCGGAAUCGCACUUGGAAAUCAACUUAAAAUCUAUGAGGAAAAAGUUUCAGCGGGAAGAACAAGCGUCAAGGAAGGGUUUGCGGCAGAUUCAAAAUCUAGACAACUCAGGCCACGUGCGCCCCUGCUGAUGAUGCCGGCCACACCGGAGCGUUCGUCGGGUUCUGUCAAAAUGGACUUCGAAACGCCAGGCACUCCGUCACAACCUGUUCCCCUGCCGGCCGAGGAUGAGGCUAUUGUCAAUUUCGCCCUGAUUGCAUUCUUGCAGGCGAUAUGGAGACUUGACCCAGCACAUGACACUUGCUGGACACCGCACAGAAAAGCCUUCAAAUUCGUGCCAACCUUACAAAAUGAUGUGAAAGGGAAAGGCUUCACGGCAGUUACCGAUGGCCACCUGGAGUACUCCCCGAGUGAGCUUCGAAACAAACCUGCAGCAAUCUUAGAGGUCAAGGCAGCUCAUCGCGAACGGCAGAACCAAGGCAGGCACAGAAUAUACAUGCAGGAGAGUGCACAGAUGGCUCUCUGGAUAGCAGCGGAGCCUGACAGCCACUGGAGAGCUCCUCUUCGAUCCACCGUUGAUGGCAAUGCAGACCGUGACGAGAUAUUUAUCACACUUGCUGAGAACAAGAACCAGUAUCUCGAUUAUCUGCAUGGAAAGCCGGCCACAGACGAAGCCUUCCUCAGGAUGUGGUUGUUUGGUCCUUAUCGAAUCAAGUCGGCCGAUCAUAUGGAAAAUUUUGGAAGUGAGAUCAGUGAGCUUCUCUCCUAUGCAGAAGCAUCAGCGCUGGACGCUAUUGGUCGAACACCCACUGCUCAGUCAGAUCAUUUCUCUGACGAUGCAAAGCCGCUCAGAGCGAUUCAAGUCUCCACUAACGUAGAAAAACUUGGACAACAACUUUCAAAGAUGGAAAUCAGCAACAAGCAGGAGUCGUCUGUAAGACAGCUCGACGAAAGGAACCACCACGAGGAAGCUUGA